UAACCUAUAAUAUUUAUAAAUAAUUAAAAUUUUGGAAUAAUGGAACCAACUAAAUCACUUCCGAGUGGAAAAAUAAGGAAAGGGUUAUUAACACCUUGUAGAACAAUCGGGUUAUCAAGAAAAUAUUUAAUUGAAACUUUUAAAUCACCUUUAAUUCAAGAAAAUUUAGUUUUAAGUACAGAAUCUCCUAAGAAAGAAACUGCUGUUUUAGUGAAUCCAGAAGAACCAACUAAACCUCUUCCGAAUGUAAAAAUAAGGAAAGGAUUAUUAACACCUUGUAGAACAAUCGGAUUAUCAAGAAAAUAUUUAAUUGAUACUUUUAAAUCACCAUUAAUUCAAGAAAAUUUAGUUUUAAGUACAGAAUCUCCUAAGAAAGAAACUGCUGUUUUAGUAAAUCCACAACUCAGUUCAACAUCUGUUCCAAGUAAGCAUAAAGGUGAUAAUUUAAGUGGUAAAAAAGCAAAAAAGAAUAAGAAGACUGCUGAAUCUAAUGCAAAUAAUGGUAAAACGAAAUUAAUUGAGGAAGAAUUAACUAAGGAAAAUAGUUCUUAUUUAAACGUUUUGGGUCGUGAAUUAUUAGAAUUAGAUGAAAUUGAUGAAAAUCAAACUGUUAUAAAAAAACAGGAACUGAAAUCACCUUUAAUUCAAGAAAAUUUAGUUUUAAGUACAGAAUCUCCUAAGAAAGAAACUGCUGUUUUAGUAAAUCCACAAUCCAGUUCAACAACUGUUCCAAGUAAGUGUAAAGGUGAUAAUUUAAGUGGUAACAAAACAAAAAAGAAUAAGAAGAUUGCUAAAUCUAAUGCAAAUAAUGGUAAAACGAAAUUAAUUGAGGAAGAAUUAACUAAGGAAAAUAGUUCUUAUUUAAACGUUUUGGGUCGUGAAUUAUUAAAAUUAGAUAAAAUAGCUGAAAAUUAUACUAUUGUAAAAAGACAAGAACUUAGUGAAUUAAAAGUUACUCUAGUAAGAUUACCUUUGGAUAACCAGAAUUUAAAAAAAUCGGAAAAUAAUAAUGUAGUUAAAUGUGAUGAAGACCAAAAAGUUCCAAAGAAAUCUUUAAAUAAGAAGUCUGGAAUAAUAGCAAAGAUUGUAACUCCUGUAAAAUCUUCAAAAUCUCAAAUAACUGUUACUCCAAAAACUUUAUUGGUCGAAUUAGAAACAAAACCAUUAUUAAAUUCGGUAACAUCAACUUCAGAAACAAAGUCACAAUUAAAAUCGCACACACAAAGAUCCAUCGAUCUUGAAAAAAUGAACAAGAAAAAAAAAUUAGCCAAGAAUUCUUCGAAAUUAUCAUUAAAGAAAACAAUGUCCGACUCCUUUGAAAGUGAUGAUGAGUUUUUAAAAGAACCGAAAAGUACUCAAAGUUUAAAGAAAGCAAAACCUAUUAAUAAAUCUGGAUUGAUUGAGAAAAUUAUUAAAUUACAGAAAACGGUGAGUGAAAAAGAAUCUAUUCUUGAACGUCAUAAACAAGCAGAAAUUUAUCGUAAACUUCACAACGUUAAUAAAUUAGCGGAAUUAAAAUCAAUGUGGACGCAUGGAUGUAAAAUUGCAUUGCAAGAUCUUUUGGUAAAAUUACGAGAAAUUGAUCCCAAUUUUGAUAUGCCAAAAUUACUGACUAGAUUAAAAGCGCCUGCUGGGUUACUUAAAUAUAAUGAAGAAAAUUGUGAUUUUGAAUAACUGUUAAUUACGUAAUGUUAAUUAAAAUCAAUAAUAUGAUUUUGUUUAGAUAAAGUUAUU